UUCAAUACCAAAACUCCAAAGCUCAAGGACUAAGAGAGACUGAUAUUUACAUCCACCCCAUUGAUAGACAGACCUAUCCUAUCAAAAUUGUGGGUGUUUACAUCAAACCCAUUAAAGAAAUAAUAGCCAAAUCAACUUUAGUUUCUAGAGAAACUCCCAUCACCAAAGAUCCAGUGCCUAAACUCCAAACAUAACGACUAGGGAAGCCUGAUAUUUACACACACCCCAUUGACAGACAGACCCACCCCUAUAAAAAUUGUGGGUGUACAUAUCAAUUCCCAUUAAAAAUGAGAAAAAAACCAGCCAGCCCAAACUUCAAUUUUAAUAAAGAUUUGCAUUUGUCAGUCUAGCCAGAUUGUAAUUAUCAGACUCUACUAUACAAAAACCCAACAUUCCUUUGAAUUUUUUUUGGCCUUAUCUAUCAGUCUGUUAUCAAACCAUUGAAGAUUCUUGACAGAUAAGAACAACCCAUCUGCCAUUUUCUUCAUCUUUGGAUAUAAAAACCUUCAGCAACUACAACAAAUGCAGCAACAACAACAACAGAAGCAACACCUACAGUAAACAAUUGCUAUGGAGCAUUCACAUGCAUUUGUUCUAUCAAUUCUCCUCUCUCUAUUCAUUCUACCACCCACAGCUGUAGCUCAGCUAAGGCAGAAUUACUACCAAAACGUCUGCCCCAAUGUUGAAUCCAUUGUCCGAAAUGCUGUCACGCAGAAGUUUCAGCAGACGUUUGUGACAGCCCCUGCAACGCUCCGGCUCUUCUUCCAUGACUGCUUUGUUCGGGGAUGUGAUGCGUCCGUUCUGAUUUCAUCGCCAAAUGGAAGGGCUGAGAAGGACCAUCCUGACGAUAUAUCGCUUGCUGGGGACGGGUUCGAUACGGUGAUCAAAGCCAAGGCAGCUGUCGAUAGUGAUCCGAGGUGCAGGAACCAGGUCUCUUGUGCUGAUAUCUUGGCUAUGGCCACCAGAGAUGUGGUUGCACUGACUGGUGGGCCAUUUUAUCCGGUUGAGUUGGGGAGACUCGACGGUCGAAUCUCUACUAAAGCCAGCGUCCAGCACCGUCUUCCCCAUCCUACAUUCAAUCUAGACCAGCUCAAUACCAUGUUCGCCACUCAUGGCCUCUCGCAAACGGAUAUGAUCGCGUUAUCAGGUGCUCACACCCUUGGAUUUUCUCACUGUGGCAAGUUCUCAAAAAGAAUCUACAACUUCGCGCCUGGUAGGCCGAUUGACCCGUCACUCAAUCCGGGUUACGCUCAACAGCUGCGUCAGAUGUGCCCAAGGAAUGUUGAUCCUAGGAUUGCCAUCAACAUGGACCCCACAACGCCUCAGACUUUCGACAACACCUACUUUAAGAACCUCCAGCAGGGAAUGGGAUUGUUCACCUCUGAUCAGGACUUGUUCACUGACCCAAGGUCGCAGAGUACGGUGAAUCUGUUUGCUAGCAGCAAUGUGGCCUUCCAGCAGGCUUUCAUUACUGCCAUUACAAAGCUUGGGAGAGUGGAUGUCAAGACUGGAAAUCAAGGGGAGAUCCGCCGAGAUUGCUCCGUUCCAAAUUAGAAGACUGAUUGCUGUUAGUAGCAUAAUCCAGUUUUCUUUUUUGCCUUUUUUUUCUUACUUCUGUUACAAUUUGUUGUUAUGAAGAGUUUCUUUGUAUCCAAGUUCAUCGAAUAAGAUAUGAUUUUCAUAGCUGUUCUUGAA